GUUCCCGCGCUUUCUAGCGUGGACUAGAGCUUCACGCAGGCGCAAAGAGCAGAGGCCUUGACCAUGGCCACGAGUGGGGUGGGCGAGGCGUCCGAUAUGGAUGAAGCCUGCCGGUGCCUAGAACCCAAAGAAGAAUAUGUGAAAGUCAGAAGGAAGGACCUGGAACAGCUGACGACCGAAGUGAUGCAGAUGCGGGACUUCUUACCCAGACUGCUCAACGCGGAGUUAACGGAAAGUUUGCAGAGCUUGAAGAGUGUAGAAAAAAACCUGGAAAAGCGAGAACAAGAAUUAGAACAGCUGAGACUGGACUAUGAACACUUCAAAGCCCAGCUAGAAACUGUACAGACAGAGAGCAGAAGGGAGAAGAAGGAGAAGUUGGCUCUUCGACAGCAGCUGAAUGAGGCGAAACAGCAGCUCCUCCAGCAGGCAGAGUACUGUACACAAAUGGGAGCAGUUACCUGUACCCUCCUCUGGGGAGUCUCUAGCAGUGAGGAAGUCGUCAAAGCCAUUCUGGGAGGAGACAAAGCAUUGAAGUUUUUCAACAUCACUGGUCAGACAAUGGAGAGUUUCGUAAAGUCAUUGGAUGGGGACGUCAGGGAGGUUGAUUCUGAUGAGAAUCAGUUUGUAUUUGCACUGGCUGGAAUUGUAACAAAUGUUGCCGCCAUUGCAUGUGGUCGUGAAUUCUUGGUGAAUUCCAGUCGGGUGCUCUUGGACACCAUGUUGCAGCUGCUGGGGGACUUAAAGCCUGGCCAGUGCACCAAACUCAAAGUUCUAAUGCUGAUGUCCCUGUACAAUGUGAGCAUCAAUUCAAAAGGUUUGAAAUACAUCAGUGAGAGUCCUGGAUUUAUCCCUUUGCUGCGGUGGCUUUUGAAUGAUCCAGAUGCAGAAGUGUGCCUUCAUGCCUUGCGACUUAUCCAAUCUGUGGUUCUAGAACCAGAGGUCUUCUCCAAGUUGGCUCUGGAACUCCGAAGCUCCUUACCCCUACAGCGCAUCCUGGCCAUGUCCAAGAGCCGCAACUCCCACUUGCAGACUGCUGCCCAGGAGCUCCUGGAAGACCUCCGUGCCCUGGACCGCAGUGUUUAAAUGCACUUGACCAGCAGGGGCUUGGUGAAAAUGCCAGUGGCCCUUUCCCUCUCCAGGCCCUUUACCAUUGUGUUCACAACUAGAUGGCACUGUGUGUCAUGUGUUAGCCAUUGAAGGCCUUGACUGACUUGAGAUGGACAUGAUGGGUAAGAUAAGCAUCGUGCAUUUCCAUCCUGAGAGGUCACACUUGUUAGAUACUUGGUUAUGAUUAAUCUUGCCAGAGCAAUAACCAAAAAAGGUUGUAUUCUCCAGUAAGAAGAAUUUCACUGUAAAGAUGGGACCAAGUAAUCAGUGUUUCCCAGAAGCAUUUCAGUAAUAGUUCAUCCUCUUUUUCUAGUACCCAUAACCCCUACUACACAGGCUUACUUUGUAACCUUUUGAUGAACCUGUUACUUCACAUGACACUGGACACUUGAACUCUGUUUUGGUGCUUCUUUUGUUUUUGAAUAAAGUUGAGUCAAUAUUAGCUAUUACAUUGUAAAA